AUAGUCGAAAAAUUGCGAUAGAAGCUUAAGUCGUCCUUCAAAAAAAACUUCAUUUGUUAACCUCACUUUUUACAAGUUUGCUCAUUUCUUUAACUUAUCGAGCCGAGUAUAUUAAUAUCUUUUCAUUUAAAGCGGGUGGUUAAUAGCUUUAUAAUAUAGUAUUAAUUAAGUUAUGUCCUUCCUUACAUUCAUUAUAGGAGAACUUGCUGAUUUUUAUACAGAAUAUGUAAAAAAGAAAUCUUGAUAGUAACUUGAUAUUAAAAAGUAAAAUGUUGUAAAAUAAAAAUAUUGCAGCAAUUUAAAUGAUAUUUUAAAUAACAAAAAAAUAAAGGUUGACCCAUAGACAUGUAUUAAAUAAAGGAAAGUACUAGAAAUAAAACCUAUGCAACCACAGAUUGAAUCUGGAGCAGAAUUGCUCACAAGGCUAAAUGAAAAACCGAGCUUACAUGGGCUCGAAGAUACUUUGUUCUCUCAAGGUCCUCAGAACACAGAUAUUAUAGAAAUUGGUGGAGAACGAUCAUCUGGUAAGACAUUUCUUUUAUCUCAAAUGCUUGCAAGGUGUAUCUUACCAAAUAAUUAUGCAAUCAAAGGCUGCAAUGCUUCGGCUAUUUUGAUAAAUACUGAUCAUCAUUUUCAAACUUCAAAAUUGGUUGAAUUGAUGAGCAGUAUCAUAAAUACAGCUAAUAUAUCAUUUUCUGAAGCAAUUGAUACAGAGUUUGAUAAGACAACUAUUAUUAAAGAUUCUUUGCGCAACUUGCAUAUCAUUGAUUGUUAUAAUAAUGAACAAUUUUCUUUAACAUUACGUACACUGGAUGACAUAUUCCUUGAUAACACCAAAAUUGCACUUCUUGCUAUUGACAGCAUAACAGCAUAUUAUUGGCAAGACUGUGAAGAUAAUAUUACUACAAUUGAUACAUAUAUAAAGAAAUUGUUAAAAAUUAUCAAACUACAAACAACUCGAUUUAAUGUAGCAACUAUAUAUACCAAAUUAGGUGAAAGCAUACAUAACAAAAGAAAAUGUCUUACAAAUAAUAUAGAUUAUAAAAUACAAUUGUGCAAGGUGUGUAAUUCGACAAAUUUUAUAUGUACAUUAGAAACAAUACAAAUUAUUAGAAAAAUACAUUAUUCCAUUUUAUCCAAUGGUAUAAAAUGGAAGAUAGAUGAAACAGAAAGAUGAAUUCUAUUACAUUUACAAAUUUUUCUAUUAUAUCUACAAAAAAAAUAAUUAAGAAAAGAAUAUUUUAUCCACUAUAUCCAAGGGGUUUAAUAAUCUAGAUCCUGCUAAUAUUAUAUGUGGUGAUUUUUCGUUACUAUGUGCAGAUACUACUUCUUGAAUUACUUUUGCCUCUUCUGCAGUAAUGCCUCCAACAACGUAUAUUAAAAUAUAGGGAUUGUCUCGAGGAUGACGUUUUGUUUUACCCCUUAAAAUUAAACUGUAAUGGAAGAAAAUUUAUAAAUUCUUAAUAUUUAAUGUCAUAUUUUAAGAAAUUUCAUUCAUAUGAAUUAUUUCAAAUGAAGAAUUUUUACUUAAAGCCAGCUGAAAUAAAUGAAGAUGAUUUUUUAUGAA